UCUCACACCCACUCGAUUUUUUAUAGCCUGCACGACAAUGGUAUUUAGUUUCUGCACUACCCAACUAAUACCAUUUAAUGACAACUGCAUUCUGGUAAACCUGUUUUGUUCCAGUUUCUCUUACUGUAUGGCACCAUCUCAUAAUAUGAUCUCUAGACCAGGGGACAUAAAACAGCUUACUGGCUUUGAAUGUUGGUUUAUUUUAGUAAUAUUGUGUCCAAACACGACCACUGAUCCAGGAAGUGAAGUUAUCUGGAUACAUGAACUGUAGAACCAUGGUGCAUUUGAGUCAAAAGAUGAGGAUUUUGAAGAUCAGAAGGAAACAUUUAAAAUAUUGCUUGCUGGCUGGAGUUUUAUGUUUGGUGCUCACCAAACUCUGCAAAGAUUUUUUUAAACACAACAAAGUUUACCUUCAUAUGCAAAAGGAUGAUAGACAAAAACAGGACGACACAAACACCUCCUAUGUGUAUGUACCUCCCCAGACAGUUUGUCAACAAAACAAAUCCGCUGCAAACAUCCCAAAUUUCAGCUCAUUUUCUGGUCCCAUGCAAGACUUUCUCUACUACAGACACUGUCGCCAUUUCCCCAUGUUGCUGGAUGUUCCUGACAAAUGUGGAGGAGCUUCUCAGUCAGCAGAAGUCUUCCUUCUACUGGUCAUUAAAAGCUCCCCUGUGAACUAUGACCGCAGAGAGGUGCUGCGUAAAACCUGGGCUGAGGAGAGAGAACAAAACGGUGUGUGGAUCCGAAGGCUCUUCAUCUCAGGAACCAUGGAAUCUGGUGAAGAGAAGCAGCGACUAAAUAAAAUAUUGGAACUGGAGCAUCGUGAGCACAAUGACAUCCUCCAGUGGGACUUUAGUGACACUUUCUACAACCUAACCUUGAAGCAGAUCCUCUUCCUGGAAUGGAUGGAAAGAAACUGCCCAAACGUGCGUUUCCUGUUAAAUGGUGAUGAUGACGUCUUUGCCAACACAGACAACAUGGUCCAGUAUCUCCAAAACCUUAAGUACAAUGAUGGGAGCAGACAUCUGUUUACAGGCCAGCUGAAUGUGAGGAUGGUCCCUGUUAGAUCAUGGAGCAAGUAUUUUCUCCCAGUUGAAGUGCAUGAGGCAGAUGUGUUCCUCCCUUACUGUAGUGGUGGAGGCUUUCUGCUGUCUGGUUACACAGCGAUGGUCAUAUACAAUAUGUCCCAGUCCAUCACUCUUCUUCCCAUCGAUGAUGCUUACAUGGGCAUGUGUCUGAGUAAAGCAGGGCUGGAACCCAGUAACCACGUGGGUGUGAGGGCUGCAGGACUGGACAUUUCCUCCAACAACAUGGACAGACAUGAUCCUUGCGUUCAUAAAGAGCUUCUACUGGUUCACAAAUUCCCUACGUCUCACUUGUAUCUUUUGUGGAACAGAAUACAUGACCCCAAGCUCAAAUGCUUUGUCAGCACCAAACUGUAACUUGGGCCACUUGUUGUGGAAGGGCAUGAAGCUAUGAGAGCAAAUACAAAACUAUUGGCACUUUGGGACUAACUAUUAUCUGUCCAUGUCUCUUUACUCUAUACAGGUUCGAUGUCUUAUAUUAUAACACAUGGUUGUGGUGCAGAUGCAGCUGAUAUUCAAUAGAAAUUUAUUCAACAGCUUUUGUCAUUUUAAUUUCAGGUAAAUGAAUGUACAGUAUAAUAUGCGUCCAGGAUGUGAAUAUGCUGAUAAAAUAAUGAUGUUGACAGAGACUUGCUAUUUUUAAAUAACAAUGUAAAAGCUGUGUGGAACUUAUGUAUUGUUGUUGGUUGUUCUGUAUUAAUCUGUUUUCUGAUGUGACAGGCCUAACAAAUCAUAUUAAUUAAAUUGAACUUGUGACCUUC